AUGUCAGAUAAGCCGCCCAAACUGAUCGAGGAGCUCUUGAAGCUCAUGCUGAUGGGCGAGGUGCUCAAUGAAACACAAAAAAAGCAAAUGAAGGAUUACAAGUUCUGGAAAACUCAGCCGGUACCCAGCUUAGAUGAGGUGGUGGAUAACUAUGGACCCAUCGAGGUCAAGACUCCAGCAGACGUUCCCGAUGAGCCGUUACCGCUUUUGAACGAGUUCUACUGGCUGACCAUUGACGUUGAGUCUCUGUCCGAGUUAGACGAAGUGUACCAGCUUUUGUAUGAACACUACGUGGAGGACCAAGAUGCUACGUUCCGGUUCAAGUACUCCCACGAGUUUUUCAAAUGGGCGUUGAAGCCUCCAGGAUGGCGCAAAGAAUGGCACUUGGGUGUGAGGGUUCGGGGAACCGGCAAGUUGGUAGCUUUCAUUGCCGGUGUGCCCGUGACGCUUAAGUUGACAAAGCCAGGGAAUUUGGUGAAGCUGGUGGAGAUCAACUUCUUAUGCAUUCACAAAAAAUUGCGUUCAAAACGUUUGACCCCUGUGUUGAUCAAGGAAAUUACUAGAAGAGUGAAUAAGGAGGAUAUUUGGCAGGCUCUCUACACUGCGGGCAUUGUGUUACCUUCUCCAGUAUCCUGCUGCAGAUACACCCACCGUCCCCUCAACUGGCUGAAGUUGUACGAUGUGGGCUUCUCUCACCUUUCCCAGGGGCAAACGAAGGCUAAAAUGGUGGCCCACUACUCCUUGCCUAAUCAGACUAAGACAGACGGUCUUAGACUUAUCAAACCUGAGGACAUCGACCAAGUGCUUGAUUUGCUUCAUAGAUACCAGGAAAGAUUCGAUCUUGUGCAGAUCUUCACCAAGGAUGAGGCGAAGCAUUGGUUUUUGGGCGGCGACGAACGUGCUAGUGUGAUAAAGACCUACGUUGUGGAGAAAGAGGGUAAGAUUACUGACUUUUUCUCGUACUACUUGCUUCCAUUUUCUGUGUUGAACAACCCUACGCACGAUGAAUUGGGCAUUGCAUAUCUCUUCUAUUACGCAUCGGAGCUGGCCAUGACUGAAAGCUUUGACGCCUACAAGGCUCGUCUCAACUCCUUGAUCAGCGACGCAUUGAUCACCUCAAAAGAGUACAACGUGGACGUUUUCAACGCAUUAACAUCGCAGGAUAACCCGUUGUUCAUCAAACAGAACAAGUUUGGCAGCGGUGACGGUUUCUUGAAUUACUACUUGUUUAAUUACCGCAUGAAGCCUAUCAGCGGUGGCAUUGAUCCUAAGACAAGUCAAGUCAUUGACGAUAAAGGUAGUGGAGUGGGUGUUGUGCUCUUCUAA